GCCUCUUCAAGGGUGCAUGAUUUUUGAGAUAUACUCGUACAUAUUGAUUGAUCAUUUGUUUACGUGUGCUGAAAGUUUGGAGACUUGCAACAAAACCCAGCCUGUACUACUCAACAUCUAGCAAAAGCCGAUUUCUUAGACGGGUAAAAUCACAAUUUUCAACACACCCCCCACAGCCUCCAAAGAUGGCACGGAAACCCAUCAUCCGGAUCAUAGGCUCUCUGAACAUCGACUUUGUCACGUUGACUCCGCGAGUGCCUGGGCCCGGCGAGACGUUGGAGGCAAAGUCGAUGACGGUCCAUGCGGGCGGCAAAGGAAGCAACCAAGCGGUGGCCUGUGGCAAGGCGGCGUACACGUCGCCGACGGAACAAGACGUGCAGGUCGAGAUGUUGGGGGCCGUGGGAGCCGGAGACCCUUACUACGCCUCGCUCUUGAAACCAACGUUGACCAAGAGCGGCGUGGAUACGCGGUACGUCGAGGAGGUGGAAGGUGUCCAGACGGGAACGGCGACCAUUAUAGUCGACGAAGGAUCCAACGGCGAGAACCGGAUCUUGUUUGUGCCUGGGGCGAACCACCACGUCGACGACCUCGACAAGAUCAUUUCCACCACCACCCAGGACGGCGUGCCCGACGUGAUCGUCAUGCAGGGGGAGAUCCCCAAGCCGACGGUCUUGGGAUUGUUGUCGACUUUCAACUCGGACCGACACAAGACCUGCGUGGUCUUCAACCCGGCCCCCAUGUUCGACACGAUCCCGCUCUCGGCUCUCAAGGACCUCGCCGUCCUUGUAGUCAACGAGACCGAGUGUCUGUUGUUGUUCAAGGCGGUUCAGGAACUCCGGGACAUCGAAACGCCGAGUGAAGAGAACCUCACACCACAUCUGGAUAGGUUGACUUCACAUCUACACGACCUGGCGUCCAUCUCGAUCGUCGUCGUGACUCUAGGGUCGAGAGGGUUGUAUUACUCCGUGGCAUCGAAAUCCACUCGACAACAGGCCCGUGGACUCAUCCCGGCGGCCAAGGUGGCAAAGGUGGUCGACACGACCGGCGCAGGUGACACUUUUGUCGGGUACCUGUCCACGGCUCUGGCCCGACACGUUUCCAAACAGGGAAGUCUGGAAGGGUUCGACGUCCAAGAAGCCUCUCUGCGUGCCAACGAGGCCGCCGCAAAGUGCGUACAGCGUAGUGGGGCCAUGGAGAGUAUCCCGUUUGGUUAUGAGAUUUGAUCACCUUCCAGAAAACUACAGAGGAAGCGGUUGGGAGUCGCUAGAUUCACCUUUACGGAGCUCGGUGUAUCUAUUGUAAUAACAAAGAAAAUU